AAAUAUCGUGCGGCCUAAAAGGCCCAUAAAAAGCCCAUCCUAAAUCCAAAUUUAGUAGGUCCAUCUCUUCUCUCUCUUCCUCGACGCUGUCUUCGCCAACAAGUCUGAGAAGAUCUGCUUAUAAACCUUGUAGAAGAAAUUAAAUCAAAUCAAUUUUUCACAUAUAUACUUCUGCUAUUGUGUUCUAGCUAUUAUCCUCUUGAUCAUAAACCAAAGACGGCCGCGGCUAUGGCGAAGGAGACCGGUUCAGAACCCGCCCAGCUUUUGGGCCCCGAAUCUUCUUCUGAAAGAACACUGUAUCCAUAUGUAACGGGUACAUCUGUUGUAGCUUUGAAGUAUAAAGACGGCAUUUUGAUGGCUGCUGAUAUGGGAGCAUCUUAUGGAUCCACCUUGCGAUAUAAGAGUGUCGAGCGAAUCAAGCCUAUUGGGAAGCAUUCUCUUCUUGGUGCCAGUGGAGAAAUUAGUGAUUUUCAGGAGAUUCUACAUUACCUUGAUGAGUUGAUCCUCUAUGACAAUAUGUGGGAUGACGGAAACUCUUUGGGUCCUAAAGAGGUGCACAACUAUUUGACUAGGGUGAUGUAUAAUAGGCGCAACAAGUUCAAUCCAUUGUGGAAUUCACUAGUUCUUGGUGGAGUUAAAAAUGGACAAAAGUAUCUUGGCAUGGUCAGUAUGAUUGGAGUGAAUUUUGAGGACAAUCACGUAGCUACUGGAUUCGGAAACCACCUUGCACGGCCAAUACUUCGUGAUGAGUGGCAUGAGGACCUGAGUUUUGAAGAUGGUGUUAAAUUAUUGGAGAAAUGCAUGCGGGUCCUCCUAUAUCGUGAUAGAUCUGCUGUAAACAAGCUUCAGAUAGCUAAAAUCACGGAGGAAGGUGUAACAAUUUCACCCCCAUAUGCACUGAAGACCUUCUGGGGAUUCACUGCAUUCCAGAAUCCAACAGUUGGUGCUGAAGGAUCAUGGUAGAGCGGUAGAUGAUAGCCUGCUCGGAGGUUAAUCAACUGAACUGCGAGAUUCACUUGAACCAUGUCGGGGUUCUCUUUUAAUCUGCUAGAUAUUAUAUCUGAACCAUGAAUAUUUGCUCCAAUUACUGUGGGUUUCCUUUUUCUGCUUGUUGUAAUGACUAGCCAUCAUGUGCUUUUGGGAAGAAAUUAAAUCCUGCAAGUUGUUCAUGUGGGAAGACCAAUUCUAAUGGAUAAUUUAUUAGCAUUGAUAAGUGAAGUAAGAAAGGAUGGUGGAGGCAUGUGAAUAUAAAAAUAUUCAUAUAAUCAAAGUAAUAUAUAUAUGUCUCGGGAAACACGGUUGCUAUAA